AUGCAGCCGCCCCGCGAGGACAUUGCGCCCCCGAAGGACGACCCGAUCACACUCGAGCAGCUCAGGAGUUACGACGGCUCCGACCCGUCGAGACCCAUCUACGUCGCGAUCAAGGGCACAGUCUUUGACGUGACGCGCAAGGCGGACACGUAUGGGCCGGGCAAGAGCUACAACCUGUUCGCGGGGAAGGACGCGUCGAAGGCGCUCGGGAUGUCGAGUCUGAAGGAGGAGGACGCGGUGUCGGACUACAGCGGCCUGUCGGAGACCGAUCUGAAGACGUUGAAUGACUGGCACGACUUCUUCUCGAAGCGGUACAACGUCGUCGGCAGGGUAUCCGAUCUCCCUCCACUGGCGAACGGAGGUCAAUCAAGCCUCUGA